AUGAACAGUUGCUUGAAGCAAGAUUUAGCAAUUCUGUGUGGCUUCAAGAUUUCAGAAUUGAAGGAGCUGCUGUCAACCCAGAUACUAUUUAACGUUGCAUCCGUCAGGCCGCUCCCCAAGCCAUCUUUGGAGUCAGAAGAAUCUGGGCCUCCUCUUGCUGGCGACUUUGAAAUCAUAUGGGUGCAUGGUGGCUCACUUGUCGCUUUGACGACCACUGGCAAUCGAGAGGACCAGGCAAACCAAGGUUUGGAGGAGGUAAUUCUGAGCUUGCCCACUCCUUCAAGUUCGACGGCUCAACCAGCAUCUCCCAUUGUUGGUCCCCCCUCAGAUGAGGUGACAGCUGAGGUAGUCAGUGCGUCAAGAGCCACUUCGGCCACUCUAAGGCUCAAGGCUUCAGCUUUGAGGGACACCAGGUUGGCAAGUGAGUUGCUCUCUGUGAUGCUUCUUCUUGCUGAUGCAAAUGAGCUACUAAAUAUCUCUCGAAAGGAGAUGAGGAAACUCACCCAUUAUUUAAAUGGAUACAUAGAGAGUUCCCAUGAGCUCAUGAAACAAAAGAAAAAGUUUGAGCUCGAGGCCGGGAUGCUCAAAGGCACAAAGGAGAAGGUUGAAAGUGAAGCUGGAGAAGCCUUCAUAAGAGCUGAUACCAUCGAUAAGAGAGUCGAGGAUGCUAAGGCCACAUUAAGGAGAGCUAUCGAGGAGAACUCUCAAUUCUUAAGGAGAAUAAAGGAGCUCGAGGUCCAAUUAGAGGCGGCAGAGAAGAAGGCAGCGGAGGCUGCUUCCAAGGUGGGAAAUUAUCUUGCUAAUUUUGUUGGCUCCACCCUUGAUGAUCCAUCCUUGGAACUUAUGAUGGCGAGGGAGGAAGUUGACUUGUUGAAAUAUCAAUCAGAGCAGAUGGAGAAUAAGAAUGGCGAGCUGACAAAAGAGCUCGACUCUUCUGAAGAGGCUCUCUAUGAAGCUCGAGAGAUGAUUGAUCGUCGAGAUAAAAAAUUGAGCAACCGAGAGGACCAGGCAAACCAAGGUUUGGAGGAGGUAAUUCUGAGCUUGUCCACUCCUUCAAGUUCGUCGGCUCAACCAGCAUCUCCCAUUGUUGGUCCCCCCUCAGACGAGGCGACAGCUGAGGCAGUCAGUGUGUCAAGAGCCACUUCGGCCACUCUAAGGCUCAAGGCUUCAGCUUUGAGGGACACCAGGUUGGCAAGUGAGUUGCUCUCUAGGAUGCUUCUUCUUGCUGAUGCAAAUGAGCUACUAAAUAUCUCUCGAAAGGAGAUGAGGAAAGUAGCUGUGAACUAUCUCAUCUGGCUCACCUAUUAUUUGAAUGGGUACAUAGAGAGUUCCCAUGAGCUCAUGAAAGAAAAGAAAAAGUUUGAGCUCGAGGCUGGGAUGCUCAAAGGCACAAAGGAGAAGGUUGAAAGAGAAGCUGGAGAAGCCUCCAUAAGAGUUGAUACCAUCGAUAAGAGAGUUGAGGAUGCUAAGGCCAUAUUAAGGAGAGCUAUCGAGGAGAACUCUCAGUUCUUAGGGAGAAUAAAGGAGCUCGAGAUCCAAUUAGAGGCGACAGAGAAGAAGGCAGCGAAGACUGCUUUCAAGGUUGUUGAAGACUUCUGA